AUGCAUUUCACACAGCUCCUUGCCCUUGCUCUGUCGCUCGCUACCUCCGAGGCCGCGUACCAAGGCUUCAACUAUGGCAGCACCAAGUCGGAUGGCAGCUCCAAGACUCAAUCUGACUUCCAGUCUGAAUUCUCGACAGCCAAGAACCUGGUGGGCACUUCCGGCUUCACCAGUGCCCGCCUGUACACCAUGAUUCAAGGAGGCACCGCCAACACCCCCAUUACUGCCAUCCCUGCCGCCAUCGCCGAGGAUACCUCCCUCCUGCUCGGUCUGUGGGCUUCCGGUGGGAACAUCGCCAACGAAAUCGCCGCCCUCAAGUCCGCCAUUGCCGAGUACGGGGAUGAUUUCGCCAAGCUCGUUGUCGGUAUCUCUGUCGGCAGUGAGGAUCUGUACCGGAACUCGGUCGACGGGGUCAAGGCCAACGCUGGCCUCGGCGUCAACCCUGAUGAGAUCGUGUCGUACAUCAACGAGGUCCGUUCCGCCAUUGCCGGCACCAGCCUGAGCGGUGCCCCCAUCGGCCAUGUUGACACCUGGACCGCCUGGGUCAACGGCUCCAACUCGGCUGUCAUUGAUGCCUGCGACUGGCUGGGUUUCGAUGGCUACCCAUACUUCCAGAACACCAUGGCCAACUCCAUCUCCGAUGCCAAGGCUCUUUUCCAGGACGCCGUGGCCAAGACCGAGGCGGUCGCCAACGGCAAGGAGGUCUGGAUCACUGAGACUGGCUGGCCCGUCAGCGGUAAAACGGAGAACCUCGGGGUUGCUAAUCUCGCCAACGCCAAGACUUACUGGGACGAGGUUGGAUGCCCUCUGUUCGGCAAGACCAACACCUGGUGGUACAUCCUCCAGGAUGCCAGCCCCGUUACCCCCAACCCCAGCUUUGGUAUCGUCGGCAGCACUCUGAGCACCACUCCCCUCUUCGAUCUGUCUUGCUCCGCUUCGUCUUCCUCCGCUGUUGCUUCCUCCACUGCUGCCUCCUCGGCCUCCUCCGUUGCCGGUGGCAGUGCCUCUGGCUUCGCUACCGCUGCAGCUUCCUCUGGUGCCGCUGCCGCUGGCAGUGCUGGCUCUGCUAAGCCCACCUUCAGCGUUGGCAGACCCGGUGGCUCCUACAACGGCUCCUACUCCGGCUCUUGGAACUCUUCCUCUUCGGCGCGUCCCUCGAGCAGCGCCGGCUCUGGCUCCUCUUCUGGUUCCUCUUCCUCUGGCUCUUCCGGCGCCUCCGGCCAGUCUGGUUCCUCCACCGGCAGCUCCUCCUCCCCUUCGUCUUCCAACCUUCUGAGCAACUCUGCCAGCGGUCUCUCGGGCUCCAUCUUCGGCGCUGUCGUUGCCGUCUGCCUCGCUCUGGCUGCCCUGUAG